CUACCGAGAACCCGCCAUUUUGAAAACCUUGUUGAUUCCGGCCCGGGGACAGUGUGAGCGCGAGACGUAAAGCGCGCGCCUGUCCCCGCCCCCAUCCCGGUAAUAGUGAACUGUCGCCUCCAGCCGCCGCCCACACGGGCGAGAGGAGCCGGACCCCGCCAGGCAGCGCCGAGCCGAGAUUCACUCACUAUGUCUUCCUCAAAAGAAGAUACAAUGUCUGCUGAACAAACAGAUGAGAGAGAACCUGAAACUGAAAACAAAGUUGAAGAAAGUGAUGAGGAAGAGGAGGAGGAGGAGGAGGAGGAAGAAAAAGAAAAGAGUCUCAUUGUUGAAGGGAAGAGAGAGAAGAAAAAAGUAGAGAGAUUGACCAUGCAGGUAUCCUCGUUACAAAGGGAACCUUUUACAAUUGCACCAGGAAAGGGACAAAAACUUUGCGAAAUUGAAAGGAUACAGUUUUUUUUGAGUAAGAAGAAAACCGAUGAACUCAGAAAUCUACACAAACUCCUUUACAACAGGCCGGGCACAGUUACCUCACUAAAGAAGAACGUGGGUCAGUUCAGCGGGUUUCCAUUUGAAAAAGGAAGUGAUCAAUAUAAAAAAAAGGAAGAAAUGUUAAAAAAAUUCAGGAAUGCCAUGUUGAAAAGUAUCUGUGAGGUUCUUGAUUUGGAAAGAUCGGGAGUUAAUAACGAACUGGUUACCAGAAUCUUAAACUUCUUAAUGCAUCCAAAACCUUCUGGCAAGCCAUUGCCAAAGUCCAAAAAAACUCCCAGCAAAGGCGGCAAAAAAGAACGCAGUAGCUCAGGAACUGCACGAAAAGUAAAACGCACCAAAUGUCCUGAGAUUUUGUCGGAUGAAUCUAGUAGUGAGGAGGAGGAUGAAAAGAAAGAGAAGGCUGAAUCUUCUGAAGAAGAUAAAGAGAGUGAAGAGGAGCAACCUAAGAAAGCAUCUAAAAAAGAAAAACCUAAGCAAAAGAUGACUUCGAAAAACAAGAAAGCUGUGAAAAGUGCUAAUGUCAAGAAAGCAGAUAGCAGCACUACAAAGAAGAAUCAGAACAGUUCAAAAAAAGAUUUAGAAAGUGAAUCUGAGGAUAGUUCAGAUGACGAACCUUUAAUUAAAAAGUUGAAGAAACCACCUACAGAUGAAGAUCUUAAGGAAACUGUCAAGAAGUUAUUGGCCAAUGCAAAUUUGGAGGAAGUAACAAUGAAACAGAUUUGCAAAGAGGUAUAUGAAAGUUAUCCCAGUUAUGACUUGUCUGAAAGGAAAGAUUUCAUCAAAAAGACAGUUAAAGAGUUGAUUUCAUGAUCCAAUUUGACUGGAGGAAAUGAAAACUGCUGACUUAUCGUCCCAUGGAUUUGAAGAUCAUAGACACCAGCAAAAAGAAUAUUUGUGAUAUAUUAUGUUUAGUCAGCGCUGAUUCUGCGGACAGAGUAUCAGUGUAAAUUGCUUUGUGUACCUUUUUAAUAAUUGCAUUUGAUGCAGGUUUUAGUUAACUUGCUUACAUUUUUUUGUGCAUGGCAAUAAAUGUUCCCUUUUUAUAGUUUUGUACAUUUUGAAUUGCUUUGUAGUAGUAGAUUCAUUAAGACAUCAUAGCUUUUAAUGUGCUUUAAUACCUUGCAUAAUUUUUUUUUAAGAAUCAAGUAGGAUAAAGGUUGUCUAAGUGUUUGCACAUACAUGCAGAGAUUGUCUGGAAUAUUGCAGUAUUGGGUUAUACAAAUAUUGAAUACAUAUCAUUCUGAAAAUCACUCAUGCUAGUGUUUAUAUUCUGAUUUACAUGCUAUAAAUUCAGAAUACUCAAUCUACAUUACUGUCUUGCAUGUGUAUGCACUGAGAACCAUCAAAGCAUGGUAACUAAUUGGCAGAUAUUAUUUUUGUACUUUUAAAGACUCUGUAUAUAAAGUUAUUGGAGAUUUCUGUGGUGCAAAUCAGUUUUUUAAAUCUCUAGUUAUCUUAGGACUUAUGACAUGUCAGUGUUCAGCAGUGAUGCUGGGAUGAAAAGUGGGAAGCUCCAUAAAAGUUUAUACAAAAAGAGUUGAAGUUUUACUGUUUGUCUAAUCUUGCCUUGUAAGGAAGAUUCACCUGUAAUUUUAUACUUAAGCUUUUCAGUGUUUAACUUUAUAUAAAAGGCUACAGAUGUAUUUGUUCCAAUGGCUUGACCUAAUACAUUAAUAAAGUUCAAAGUGAAGGCGAUAGGGGGGAAAAAAAGCGAGUAACUGACUUGAUAAUACUAAUUUGGACUCUAUGGCCAAAGCUUUCAGAAGUAGGUGCCUAAAGUGAUGAACACCUGCAGACUUAACUGAAAAUCAUGCCCCAAAUUUAGGAGCCCAAGAAGGAUAGUACUUAAGUAAAUGAUUAAGUGCUAUUCCAAAUUGGAAUGCUUUUCUAAAUCUGAGCUUAACUAUGGUCUAUGGUACUCCUGUGUUUUUUGUUGUUGUUUUUUUUAAGUCCUUGUGGCACUUUGGAGACUAACACAUUUAUUUGGGCAUAAGCUUUUGUGGGCUAAAACCAACUUCAUCAGAUGCAUGGAGUGGAACAUACAGUAGGGAGGUAGAAAUACACAGAAUAUGAAAAGAUGGGAGUUGCCUUACCAAGUGGGGGGUCAGUGCUAAUGAACCAAUUUAAGUUGGAAGUAGGCCAUUCUCAAGGAGUGGAGAGUUAUCUUUUCAUAUGCUGUGUAUUUAUACCUCCCUACUGUAUGUUCCACUCCAUGCAUCUGAUGAAGUGGGUUUUAGCCCACAAAGGCUUAUGCCCAGAUAAAUUUGUUAGUCUCUAAAGUGCCACAAGGACUCCUUGUUGUUUUUGCUGAUACAGGCUACCACUCUAGAAUCAAAUCUCAAACUUUGGCCAACUGCUUUUGGUUCAAAGUAGAAAUUUUCAUGUAAAUUGUUUUUGUGCACCAUAUACUUGUGCUAUUAUAGAGGCCAAACAACGUAUUGCUAUCAAUGCUAUGAAAAACAAAUCCUGUAAUGACUCCAGUAUUCAAGAGCAAAACAUUUUUAAAAUUUAGUAUUCUAUAUUUGCAAAAUUAGGAGUCAGAAUUUAAAUUCUGAAUGUUCAGCCAGUCAUGAUGUUAAUUAACCUUUGCCUUUUUGACGUCUUUGCAUGUAAUUUUUUUUUAAAAAAAGGCUGAAUGUUUCAGUUUUGUACUCAAUAAAUGUCUUUCAGAAAAACUUA